AUGUACGGCACAUCGACCGGUCCGCAGACGGGCAUCAACACCCCCCGGUCGUCUCAGUCUCUGCGCCCGCUUAUCCUCUCACAUGGCUCCCUCGAGUUCUCCUUCCUCGUCCCUACCUCGCUCCAUUUCCACGCCUCGCAGUUGAAAGAUGGCUUCACCACAUCAUUACCUGAGCCCACAGAUGAAUUGGCCCAGGACGACGAGCCCUCGUCCGUAGCUGAACUGGUUGCCCGCUAUAUCGGCCAUGUCGCCCACGAGCUCGAGGAGGGUGAGGAUGAUGCGCAGGGCAGCUACCUCGAGGUCCUUAAGCUCGUCCUGAACGAGUUUGAGCGCGCCUUUAUGCGUGGCAACGAUGUCCACGCCGUGGCUGCCGCCCUGCCCGGCAUUGUCUCCAAGAAGAACCAGGUCGUCGAGGCCUACUACGCCGGACGUGCCGCCGCCGGCCGGCCCACCAAGCCCUACGAUUCGGCUCUGUUCCGCGCUGCCUCCGAUGAGGCCGCCGGUAUCUACACCGUCUUUGGCGGCCAGGGCAACAUUGAAGAGUACUUCGACGAGCUGCGCACCGUCUACACCACCUACCCCUCCUUUGUGGAGGAUCUCGUUGUCUCCUCCGCUGAGCUCCUGCAGUCGCUGUCUCGCGAGCCCGAGGCCAGCAAGCUCUAUCCCAAGGGCCUCGAUAUCAUGCGAUGGCUGCAGGAUCGGGAUGCCCAGCCCGAAACCGACUACCUCGUUUCGGCUCCCGUCAGUCUGCCCUUGAUCGGCCUCGUCCAACUGGCCCACUACACAGUGACCUGCAAGGUCCUGGGCCAGCAGCCUGGAGACCUCGUGGAGCGCAUCCGGGGAACCACAGGUCACUCCCAGGGUGUGGUCACGGCCGCAGCCAUUGCCACCGCGACCACCUGGGAGUCCUUUGCCCAAGCGGCUCGCAAUGCCCUCACUAUGCUGUUCUGGAUCGGUCUGCGCAGUCAGCAGGCCUACCCCCGCACCUCCCUGGCACCCUCUGUGCUGCAGGACUCGAUUGAGAACGGCGAGGGCACCCCGACCCCCAUGCUGUCCAUUCGGGAUCUGUCUCGUGCGGCCGUGCAGGAACACAUUGAUGCCACCAACCAGCACUUGCCGGAGGACCGUCACAUUGCCAUCUCCCUGGUUAACAGUGCCCGCAACUUCGUGGUGACUGGCCCUCCCAUCUCCCUCUAUGGUCUAAAUUUGCGUCUGCGCAAGGUCAAGGCCGCCACUGGGCUUGACCAGAACCGCGUGCCCUUCACGCAGCGCAAGGUUCGGUUUGUCAACCGCUUCCUGCCCAUCACGGCCCCGUUCCACAGCCAGUACCUCACCUCGGCCUACGACCGCAUUUUGGAGGAUCUGGAGGAAAUAGACAUCCCUGCCAAGUCCCUGGUCAUCCCCGUCUUCAACACCAAGACCGGAGAGGACCUGCGGGAUCUUGGUGAUAAGAGUGCUGUGCCCUCCCUGAUCCGCAUGAUCACUCACGAUCCCGUGAACUGGGAGCAGGCCACCAUCUUCCCUGGUGCGACCCACAUUGUCGACUUUGGCCCCGGUGGCAUCUCGGGUCUCGGUGUUCUCACCAACCGCAACAAGGACGGCACCGGUGUUCGCGUCAUCCUGGCGGGUGAAAUGGACGGCACCAAUGGGGAGGUCGGCUACAAGCCCGAGCUGUUUGACCGUGAUGAGCACUCGGUCAAGUACGCUGUGGACUGGGUUAAGGAGCACGGCCCACGUCUGGUGCAGACCUCCACCGGGGAGACCUACGUUGACACCAAGAUGAGUCGUCUGCUGGGUAUCCCUCCGGUCAUGGUCGCUGGUAUGACCCCCACCACCGUCGCCUGGGACUUCGUUGCCGCCACGAUGAAGGCUGGUUACCACAUUGAAUUGGCCGGUGGCGGUUACUACAAUGCGAAGACCAUGACUGCCGCGAUCAACAAGAUUGAGAAGGUGAUCCCGCCCGGCCGUGGCAUCACUAUCAACCUGAUCUAUGUGAACCCCCGUGCCAUGGCCUGGCAGAUCCCUCUGAUCGGCCGUCUGCGUGCCGAGGGUGUGCCCAUCGAGGGUCUGACCAUUGGUGCCGGUGUCCCCUCGAUCGAGGUGGCCAACGAGUACAUCGAGACUCUGGGUAUCAAGCACAUUGCCUUCAAGCCUGGCUCCGGCGAUGCCAUUCAGCAGGUCAUCAACAUUGCCAAGGCCAACCCCAAGUUCCCCAUCAUCCUGCAGUGGACUGGUGGCCGUGGCGGUGGUCACCAUUCCUUCGAGGACUUCCACCAGCCGAUCCUCCAGAUGUACAGCCGUAUCCGCAAGCAGGGCAACAUCGUCCUGGUUGCUGGUAGUGGCUUCGGUGGUUCGGAGGACACCUACCCUUACCUCUCUGGUGCCUGGUCCGCCAAGUUUGGCUACCCUCCCAUGCCCUUCGACGGUUGCUUGUUCGGUAGCCGCAUGAUGAUCGCCAAGGAGGCUCACACUUCCAAGAACGCCAAGAAGGCCAUCGCCGAUGCCCCCGGUGUCGAUGAUGAGGAGUGGGAGAAGACCUACAAGCGUGCCACUGGCGGUGUCAUCACUGUCCUCUCUGAGAUGGGUGAGCCCAUUCACAAGCUGGCUACUCGUGGCGUCCUGUUCUGGCAGGAGAUGGAUCAGAAGAUCUUCAAGCUCGACAAGGCCAAGCGCGUCCCCGAGCUGAAGAAGCAGCGGAACUACAUCAUCAAGAAGCUCAAUGACGACUUCCACAAGGUUUGGUUUGGCCGCAACGCCGCCAACGAGACCGUGGACCUCGAGGACAUGACCUACGCUGAGGUCGUUCACCGCAUGGUGGAGCUGAUGUAUGUCAAGCACGAGUCUCGUUGGAUCGAUGACUCGCUCAAGCGCCUCACCGGUGACUUCCUGCGCCGUGUUGAGGAGCGCUUCACCACUGCCGACGGCCAGGCCUCGCUGCUGCAGAACUACUCCGAGCUCGACACCCCCUACCCAGCCGUUGACACCAUUCUGGCCGCGUACCCCGAGGCUGCCUCUCAGCUGAUCAACGCCCAGGAUGUUCAGCACUUCCUGCUGCUCUGCCAGCGCCGUGGCCAGAAGCCCGUUCCUUUCGUCCCUGUCCUCGAUGAGAGUUUCGAGUACUUCUUCAAGAAGGACUCUCUGUGGCAGAGUGAAGAUCUUGAGGCUGUUGUUGAUCAGGAUGUCGGCCGUACCUGUAUUCUGCAGGGUCCGAUGGCUGCUCGCUUCUCCAACAUCAUUGAUGAGCCUGUCAAGGACAUUCUUGAUGGUGUCCACCAGGGUCACAUCACUGGUCUGCUCCGCGAUGUCUACGCUGGUGACAAGUCCAAAAUUCCUGUGAUCGAGUACUUCGGUGGCAACCUGCUCAGCUCUGAGGGCGAGCCCGAGCUGGAGGGUCUCACUGUCUCCGAGGAGACCAACAAGGUCAGCUUCCGUCUGUCCUCCUCCUCCUCCGCCGACCUGCCCGAUCUGGACCGCUGGCUCAGCCUGCUGGCUGGCAGCACCUACUCUUGGCGCCACGCCCUGUUCCUGGCCGAUGUGUUCGUCCAGGGCCACCGUUUCCAGUCCAACCCCAUGAAGCGGAUCGUGGCUCCCACUGCCGGCAUGUUCGUGGAGAUCUCCAACCCCAACGACCCUGCCAAAACUGUCGUAAGCGUGCGUGAGCCCUACCAGUCGGGCAAGCUGGUCAAGACUGUUGAGGCGAAGAUGAACGAGAGCGGCCAGAUUUCUCUGACCAUGUUCGAGGGCCGCACUGCCGAGGGCGGUGUCGUUCCUCUGACGUUCCUCUUCACCUACCACCCGGAGACUGGCUAUGCUCCCAUCCGUGAGAUUAUGGGAGACCGCAACGACCGCAUCAAGGAGUUCUACUACCGCAUCUGGUUCGGUAACAAGGACGUGCCCUUCGAUUCCCCCACCACUGCCACCUUCAACGGUGGCCGCGAGAUCAUCACCACCCAGGCUGUCGCUGACUUCGUUCAUGCUGUUGGCAACACCGGUGAGGCUUUCGUCGACCGCCCUGGCAAAGAGGUCUUCGCCCCCAUGGAUUUCGCCAUCGUGGCUGGCUGGAAGGCUAUCACCAAGCCCAUCUUCCCUCGCCUUAUCGACGGAGAUCUGCUGAAGCUGGUUCACUUGUCUAACGGCUUCAAGAUGAUCCCUGGUGCCCAGCCCCUGAAGGUCGGCGAUGUCCUGGACACCACCGCCCAGAUCAACGCCGUCAUCAAUCAGGAGUCUGGUAAAAUGGUCGAGGUCUGCGGUACCAUCAAGCGCGAGGGCCAGCCGAUCAUGCAGGUGACCAGCCAGUUCCUGUACCGUGGUGCCUACUCGGACUUCGAGAACACCUUCCAGCGCAAGGAUGAGGUGCCCAUGCAGGUCCACCUCGCCACCAGCCGGGAUGUCGCUAUCCUCCGCUCCAAGGAGUGGUUCCGCAUGGACGAGUCUGAUAUCGAGCUCCUGGGCCAGACACUCACUUUCCGUCUGCAGAGCCUGAUCCGUUUCAAGAACCAGACCGUCUUCAGCAACGUCCAGACCAUCGGUCAGGUCCUUCUAGAGCUCCCCACCAAGGAGGUCAUCCAGGUUGCGUCCGUGGACUACGAAGCUGGUAUCUCUCACGGUAACCCCGUGAUUGACUACCUAGAGCGCAACGGUACCUCCAUUGAGCAGCCCGUCUACUUCGAGAACCCCAUCCCUCUUAGCGGCAAGACUGCUCUGGAGCUGCGUGCCCCGGCCUCCAACGAGACCUACGCUCGCGUCUCUGGCGACUACAACCCUAUUCACGUUUCGCGUGUCUUCUCCAGCUAUGCCAACCUGCCUGGUACCAUCACUCAUGGCAUGUACAGCAGUGCUGCGGUCCGUUCCCUUGUGGAGACUUGGGCAGCCGAGAACAACAUCGGCCGUGUCCGUGGCUUCCACGCCUCGCUGGUUGGCAUGGUUCUGCCCAACGAUAUGGUCAGCGUCAAGCUCCAGCAUGUCGGUAUGAUCGCGGGUCGCAAGAUCAUCCAGGUCGAGGCCAGCAACAAGGAGACCGAGGAGAAGGUCCUCGUCGGUGAAGCCGAGGUUGAGCAGCCCGUCACUUCCUACGUCUUCACUGGCCAGGGUUCUCAGGAGCAGGGCAUGGGUAUGGAGCUCUAUGCCAGCAGCCCGGUCGCCCAAGAGGUCUGGGACCGCGCUGAUCGCCACUUCAUGGAGAACUACGGCUUGUCCAUCAUUGAUAUCGUCAAGAACAACCCCAAGGAGCUCACUGUCUACUUCGGCGGCCCGCGGGGUAAGGCCAUCCGCGAGAACUACAUGGCCAUGACCUUCGAGUCCGUGAAUGCCGAUGGCUCCAUCAAGUCCGAGAAGAUCUUCAAGGAGAUUGAUGAGAAUACCGCCUCGUACACUUAUCGCUCGCCCACAGGCCUGCUAUCUGCCACCCAGUUCACCCAGCCUGCCCUGACCCUGAUGGAGAAGGCUAGCUUCGAGGACAUGCGCUCCAAGGGUCUGGUCCAGCGCGACAGCAGCUUCGCCGGUCACUCGCUUGGUGAAUACUCGGCUCUGGCUGCCCUCGCCGAUGUCAUGCCCAUUGAGAGCUUGGUAUCGGUCGUGUUCUACCGUGGUCUGACCAUGCAGGUUGCCGUCGAGCGUGAUGAGCAGGGCCGUUCAAACUACUCCAUGUGUGCUGUCAACCCCAGCCGUAUCUCCAAGACCUUCAAUGAGCAGGCGCUGCAGUAUGUUGUAGAGGUCAUUGCGGAACAGACUGGCUGGCUUCUGGAGAUUGUCAACUACAACGUGGCCAACAUGCAGUAUGUCGCCGCUGGUGAUCUCCGUGCCCUCGACUGCCUCACCAAUCUCCUGAACUUCCUCAAGGCCCAGAACAUCGACAUCCCUGCCCUUAUGGAGAGCAUGUCGCUUGAGGAUCUCAAGGCUCACUUGGUGAGCAUCAUCCAGGAGUGCGUCAAGCAGACUGAGGCCAAGCCCCGUCCCAUCCAGCUGGAGCGCGGUUUCGCCACCAUCCCGCUCAAGGGCAUCGACGUCCCCUUCCACAGCACUUUCCUGCGGUCCGGCGUCAAGCCCUUCCGCUCCUUCCUGCUCAAGAAGAUUAACAAGACGACCAUCGAUCCUUCCAAGCUCGUCGGCAAGUACAUUCCGAACGUCACCGCUCGUCCCUUCGAAAUUACCAAGGAGUACUUCGAGGAUGUCUACCGCCUCACCAAUUCCCCCCGUAUCGCCUCCAUCCUGGCCAACUGGGAGAAGUACGAAGCGGGCACUGAGAACGCCGCCCGUGCCUAA